UAAGCAGUGAAAAAAGCAAAAUCUCUCAUUCAUUGUCAUCCUUCACUCCACUACUUGUACCACAUUCUAAGGCAGCAAAAUGACUAGUCUUCUGCUAACAAACUGGAACUUCCAACAAAGCAUUAAUGAGCCUGCUCACAGGACCAGUGACUUCAUCAGCAAUGAGCUCAUUCUGAGGAGAGGGCAGGCUUUUACCAUCAUCCUGACAUUUAACAGGCGCUUACAAUUUGGAGACAGUCUAUCCUUGACCACUGAGACUGGUCCUUCUCCAUCAGAAUCGAGUAAUACAAAAGCUGUAAUGCCUAUUUCUAGCUCUGGGAGCCGAACAGCUUGGAGUGCCGCCUCAGCAUCCACCACUAGCAACCCCAUGACUGUUACCAUCAAUAUUCCAGUUAUUGCCGUCAUUGGGCGUUACAGACUGAGUCUACAGAUCACCAGCGGAGGGCGCACUUCUUCAAGGAACCUUGGAGAAAUGUUUGUGUUAUUUAAUCCUUGGGCAUCAGGUGAUGAAGUGUACAUGAACAGUGAUACUGAAAGGCAAGAAUAUGUCCUAAAUGAAACUGGAUUGAUCUUCUAUGGAAGUGCUAAUAGUAGAGGAAGCAGGAGGUGGGAUUAUGGCCAGUUUGAGGAAGGUGUUUUGCCCAUUGUCCUCACCAUGCUUGAUCGAAGUCCAGAGUACAGAAGGGAUCCAGCUGCAGAUGUGUCAAAACGAAAUAGCCCCUCAUAUGUUGGAAGAGUGCUGAGUGCGAUGGUCAACAGUAAUGAUGAUGAUGGAGUUCUUAUAGGAAACUGGAGUGGGGACUACUCAGGAGGUGUGAGCCCUACAACAUGGAACGGAAGUGUUCCAAUUCUCCGUAGCUGGAUUCAGAAUGGGCCAGUUGCAUUUGGACAGUGCUGGGUAUAUGCAGGAGUUCUGUGUACAGCUCUCAGAUGCCUGGGGAUACCAGCUCGUUUGAUCACAAACUUUGAGUCUGCUCAUGACACAGAUCAGAAUCUGAUUGUUGAUCGAUACUAUGAUGAAUAUGGAAAUGCCCUUCCAUGGUCAGCAGACAGUGUUUGGAAUUUCCAUGCAUGGGAUGAAGGCUGGUUCGUUAGAAAAGACCUUGGAAAUUUCUACAGUGGAUGGCAGAUUCUGGACUCUACCCCACAGGAGCCUAGCCAAGGUUCAUUUCGCCUUGGCCCAACCUCCCUCAAAGCAGUUAAAGAAGGGGAUGUCAAUCUGGAUUUUGAUACACCUUUUGUAUUUGCUGAAGUGAAUGCUGACAAAGCAGACUGGGUUGUGUAUGGAGAUGGCUCCCGCAGAAGAAUUUACAAUGAUACUCGAUCGAUCGGACAGUUUACCAGCACCAAGGCAGUAGGUGCCUUCACCCGCGUAGAUGUAACAAAUGACUACAAAUAUGCAGAAGGUACUGCAAAAGAAAGAGAGGUCUUCCAGAAGGCCCGGAGUAAUCUACCAAGUGUGGGCUUCAGAGUUAUGUCCCGAAGAGCAGGAGGAGGAGCGGGAGGAGCAGGAGCCUUUUCAGCGGCAGAACGUACGGAUGAGCCUGCCCCGAAACCAGACUUUACGGGCACCUUUAAGCUGAGUGGGCAGCCUCAGGUUGGGGAGAAUGUCGUGGUCCCCCUGGCACUGAAAAACACAGCUGCUGACACUAAGUCUAUUAAAGUAAAUAUAACCGCCACUGCCAUUGUGUAUACCAGGGCACCGGUAAAAGAGAUCCUGAGCGAGGAGAAGUCUGUCAGCCUUGGACCUAAUGAAGAGAAGAAUGUACCGGUAACAGUUUCCUAUUCUCAGUAUAAAAAUGCCAUCACAACUGACAACAUGAUACAGCUGGUGGCGGUGUGUGAAGAUGACAAAGGAGGGAGGCUAUUGGUAGAUACAGUAGUCACCCUAAAGAGCCCACCUUUACUGAUACAGAUCACUGGGCAACCCGCUUUAAACAAACCAUUUACCGUUGAUAUUAUAUUUUCCAACCCAAUUUCCGAGGACGUUGCAAACAGCCGGCUAAUAGUAGAAGGCAGUGGGCUGCUGAAACAGCCACUCACAAUUAAUGCACCACCUCUGAAACCCAAACAGAGAUCAGUAACUGAGUUUCAAAUCUUCCCGUACCGAACUGGCGAGAGAAGUCUCAUGGUGGAUUUCUCAUCAGAUAAAUUUUCUGAUGUGAAGGCAUACCAGACAGUCAAUGUAGCCUCAACUUAGUAAAUUCAAGUCAAUAAAAAAAAAGAAAGAAUUAUAAAAGCAAAUCAUGACUGAUUCAGUUCCCAAAGAAAACAAAAGUAUGAGUUAUGCCAUCAGCACAUGCAAACAUACCAUUUACAAAUACAUCAAAUAAAAAUGUAUAACAAUAAAAA